AUGUGUAAAAUAGUAUUUUACGCUUUAGCACUUCUGCUCAUUUGCAAGACUCGGGCACAAAUAUGCGGCUGUGGUGGACCUCCACCUCCACAAGAAAUUCUGACGACCUCGCAAAUUAUUAGAUCGCCUACAACUAUUAUAGACAAUUCGGUGUCGAACGCCCUUGCUAACACUUUGCAAUUGCUCAUUGUUAGUGAUCUGAUAGCUUCAACUUUGAAUCCCCAUGCGACAGUAUCACCGUGUACAUUACCUACCGUAGGCCCAAUUUGCGAAGCAGUACCACCACCUAUGAUUUAUACUCCGACAGUAGACGUAUUUGCACCUAGGCCUGAAUUUAUUUCACCGCCGUGUGCUCCAAUAGUAGAUGUAAUACGUCCCCGUUGCUCAUGCAUGGAAUCUUUGCCUAAUUACUAUGGUGUCACCGAAGUAUUGCCUCCUGUUGCAAAUGUAGCUCCUUUGCCACCGUUAGGUUCAAACAUAUGUGGAAUGCAAGAAAUUUUAUCUCCGGUUCCAAAUUGUGCUCCUGUGUUUGGACCUCCGAUGUGCACACAAGAAAUUGUUGGGCCGUUGCAAAUAACAUCAUUAGUUCCGAAUUUUUGGAACGGUUUAGCAGAGUUGAUUGGUCCUGUCGGUAAUUUUGCGACAGUUAAUGAAUUAGUAUAUCCGCCAAGAUUUCCUGGACCUUGUAAUGUUGAAUAUAUUCCACCACAAAUGCCCUGUGGUAAUGUGAAUGUGGAACAUAUUCCAUACACUGGCAUUCAAGCUCAGAUCUGUGGCUAUGGUGGCCCAACAAUAGUAACAUCCUCCAUUUCUGGAUUACCACCCACAAAUCCUCCACAAAUAAUAUCAGCACAGGAAGUGUUAACUACGCCUUUAUUCGGAACAACAACCGUUGAUAAUUCCUUAUCAAACCAUCUUGCGAAGGUUCUGCAAUUAUUUGUCAUAAGUAAUUUGAUUGAAUCAAUUUUAAAAACGGUUGCAGGACUUUGCUCUGUGUCAUUUUCUAAUUCUGUUUGCGAACCAAUUAUUUCUCAACCAAUUAUCUCUCAGCCAUUUGCCUCUCAAUCAAUUGUGUACAAACCUACGAUAGACGUGAUUACUCCAGUAACAGAAUAUAUACAACCACCAUGCUCUCCAGUAAUUGAAUACAUACCGUCAUGUUCACCUGUCGUUGAUUAUACAUCUCCGUGUGGUCCAGUUUUUGACUGCGCAUCACAAUAUGGCCCGAUAAUUGAUUACACACCGUCAUAUGGAACAGUAUUUGAAGUUACACCAUCUUAUGGCCAACUCAUCGAGCCUCUGCCAAAUUUCUAUGGCGGUAUAACAGAAUAUACAUCGCCGUGUGGUCCAGUUUUUGACUGCGCGCCACAAUGUGGCCCGAUAAUUGAUUACACGCCAUCAUAUGGAACAGUCUUUGAAAUUACACCAUCUUGUGGCCAACUCAUCGAGCCUCAGCCAAAUUUCUACGGAGGUAUAACAGAAUAUACAUCGCCAUGUAGUAUAGUUUUUGACUGCGCGCCACAAUGUGGCCCAAUAAUUAAUUACACACCAUCAUGUGGAACUGUGUUUGAAUUAACACCUUCUUGUGGGCAAUUCAUCGAGCCUCUGCCAAAUUUCUAUGGCGGUAUAACAGAAUAUAUGUCGCCUGUGAAUAAUCUAGCAACAAUUCCUGCGGCAGUUUCGAACUGCUGCGGUGGCGUGAACGAAUUUAUAUCUUCUGUCACAAACGUUGGACCAAUGUAUACGCAGUCGUAUUCUUCUAAUAAUUUUGACGGAUUACAAGAAAGUAUUCCACCGAUUCAAAUGGCACCUCAAGUACCAAAAUGUUGUAAUUUUUUUCCGGAAAUUGUAAAUCCUGUUUGUAACACAGGCCUAUUUCCUACGGAGAUAAUAUUGCCUUCAGCUAUUCCAGCUCAUAUAAUAUGUAACAUUGAAAGCAUACCUAAUUCAUUGCCGCAAGUACGUAUGAACGUGGAACCAUUACCCUGUGGAUUCGGAUUCAAUCACUUCGUACCUAAUUCAUAUUUCCAUUGA